AUGGGAAAGAUAAUCUUCUACGAAGACAAGAACUUCCAGGGCCGCUCCUAUGAGUGCAGCUCUGACUGCUCUGAACUGUCCUCAUAUUUCAGUCAUUGUAACUCCAUCCGAGUGGAGAGUGGAAACUGGAUUCUCUAUGAGCAAUCUAACUACAAGGGAUAUCAGUAUUAUCUGAGGAGAGGAGAGUAUCCUGAUUUCCAGCAAUGGUUGGGAUUUAAUGACUCCAUUAGAUCUUGUCAUCUAACCACUCAGCAUCGAGGUCCUUUCAUCAUUAAGGUUUAUGAGAAAGAAGAUUUCAGAGGUCAAAUGAUGGAGUUCACUGAAGACUGUCAGUGUGUCUAUGAGAAGUUUCAUUACCAUGAUAUCCACUCCUGCAAUGUUCUUGAUGGCCACUGGAUGUUCUAUGAGGAGCCCAAUUACAAGGGACGUCAAUAUUACCUGAGACCUGGAGAGUACAGGAGUUAUACCAAGUGGGGAGCCAAUAGCUCAAGAGUAGGAUCAUUCAGACGUGUCCAGCAUCUGUAUUAA